GUCUUCAUUCUGAAGAGUUGGACAGAGUGGAGACAAAUUGGUGUGUUAUUUUGUUAAUCAAUAGUUUAUCUUGGAGGUCAGUUAAGGUGUAGGGAAAUCUACUAAACCAUUGCACAAUGAGUGUUUUCCAUGUUUCUUUAUCAAGUGGUUUAGUCACAAAAAUCUAAGAGGAAGAAAGUGUUUUGAAUUUAAAACCAGUAAAGCUAUUCUGUGAGAUGAGAAGAAGACACCACUUCCUGUCAGUUCAAGUUAUUGCUACUGCUCCUGUAAUUGAAAACAGCUGCCAAAGAUGUUUGUUAAUAACUUUAUUUCAGAGCAAAAUCUGUUAUCAUCCUGAACCAGCACUUUCUUCCUUUGUGGUCAGAGGGACCACAGGCUUUUCAGCUCGUGUUUUCCCUGAAGCUCAGCUGAAAUGUGAGCUAACUCGACACUAGACAAAUAACAAGCAAAGUGUUUCCAAACAUGUGUCAGAGGUUAGUUAGGGUGAAGCAGACUCUUUUUUUACUUCUCCUCAAACAUCUUUAGCAUUGUAAUAUAUUGAACCCGUCUCUCUGUCUCACUAAUACAUACGACACAAACGCACCCGCCUUAAUGAGCUGAUGUAAGAACCUGCAAACAUCUGAAUUUCCUGCGUUACCCUUUUUCUGUCAAAGUUUCUAUUACAAAAAAAAAAAUAGGUACUGUGCAGAGCAAUCACAUGUCAGUCAGUCAGACAGCUCAGGUGAAGGCGUGAUGGGCGGAUGGUGAGGUGGAGGAGACGAGCUCAGAAACUGUCAGGCUUUAUGUUAAUAUGUCAGAAUUUCUGCUUAAUUUUUGUUGCACCACAGCGGCUCAGUGAGCUGAAAAUAAUCUGUUUUUGUGGUCAUUUUGGCAUGAAGGAGACUAAACUUAAAUUUCUUUAUAUUCUUAUUGUUUAUUUUCUGUCAUUUCAUUAAUUAUCUCUGUUCUUAGUCUUUUUCUUAAUUCCAGUUACAGGUUUUUACUUCUUUUACCUCUUUUUAAUAUGGUAAAGAGCUUUUACUGAUCUGUUCAUUUAGUAUUAUUUUCUUGUUUUAGUCCAUCAGGUUUUACUUUUUCUUUUCACCAUUUUUGUCGCUAUUUUUUUAUCUCCAGUGUUUCCCAGAGGUAGCUCUUUCCUCACGUGAUGCCUCGGUGUCAGGCCAUGUCUCUCUAACAAUAUAUCUUAAAUUCUUACACUGUGUGCGGUUGUGUGUGUGGAUGAGUGAGUGAGGGUGGGUGGGUCGGGUUUUAUUGUCAUUACUGUUGUUUUAAACUUUGUGAGGCACUUUGAAUUUCAUUUUUUGUAUGAAAAGUGCCAUAUAAAUAAAGUUGAAUUUGGAUUUAAACUGUUUGGCCCAACAUAAAAGACGCACAUGAAAAAAUCAUUUUAGAGGUGCACAGUGUGUAAUAUUUAACAACAUAUAGUAGAAAAAUCCUAACAGAAAUUUGAUAUAAGUAGGUUUAAGUUGUGUUUAAUCACCUGUGAUGUCAAAAUUCUGCUUUUGUUGACCUAAAUUUAGCAUUUUACCUUAAAUAAUUUUACCUUACCUUUUAUUUUAACAAUUAGCUUAUCUUAAAAAGCAUGCGUUAUGUUGUGGUCCUCUUUCGUUUCUUAUCAAUGUGGCCUGAAUGCAGUAAAAAUACAUACUUUUUUUUUUUUGUCUUUAUUUUGUGCAAUUUGAUAUUUCUUCACUUUUGUCCAUGCUGUUACAUGGUCUUCCUCACAUUCUUCUAAAUAUUCUCUAAAUGCAGAGAUACAUAUAAAUCAAAUUUUUCAUUUUGCUGGUCUCCAUUUUGUGCAAUUUGAUAUUUGAUAUUUUCUGUUUGAGCAACUUUAGUAGUUGUGGUCCUCAGUUCAUGUGCUCUGAAAUGCACUUUACUCAAUAAAAUAAGUGUAUUUAUGUCAGAGAUUUGAAUCCUUAAAGUUUAUUUUUUUUAUAAAAACUAAAUUUGCUUGGUAUGAAUUUUUUAAAAGUGGGUCGUGACUUAAAGACCAUGGGAAAAUGUGGGUCCCAGAGUGAGACCAGUUGAGAACCACUACACUAAAUAACACUAAAUAUUCCCAUUUCUACUAAAUGUCGCCUACUUCUAGCUAGCGAGCCAACUUUGAGAAGUCCUCUCUUAGUCUGUCUUCUGUGUUUGGGUCAAACUUUCACUCAUUUUCACAUUUAUCUUGACUCGGCGGCGCCCACUUGAAAAAGAUCGUACUGAAAACACGUUUCAUUGAGAUGAAAGCAGAGAAAUGAAUGACAUAAUUUACAUCCAUGCGGUGCUACGAAGAUAAGGUGAGGUGAGGCCUGUUUGAACAGGUGUGGAUUCUCACGCUCACUCCACCUCCUCAUCGCACACUUUUACAUGUAAACAUAACAGGAAGGUGGGAUAAAAGGACCUGAUCAAUAAGGAGACUGCAGGCUCUACCCUCUAUAAAAAGACCCUCAAACUGACAGUCCAGCACACAGGUCGUAUCGCUGAUUGCAUACAGGUGAGCUGACAGCAGUUGUGACUCUGAUCUCUCUCCUGCUCUUUCCUCCUUUUUUUAUUCAAUCUCAGGAAAGUUUUCUCUUCACACAGUCUAGGGGAAUCUUGUCAAGUUAUUUGCUCUCUCUUCUCUGCAGCUCGUGGUGUGAAGAUGAAGACCAUGCAGGUGAUUGCUUUGACUCUUCUCUGUGCUCUGGCAGCCAGCGCUCAGGUCCUGAGGUUUGGAAAAUGCCCCAAACCACCUGUGCAGGCCAACUUUGACUCCAGCAGGGUGAAUACUGAACUCUUCUUCCUAACUUAUUGACAACUGAGCAGCAUAAGAUUUGAAGAAUCCCAGUAACAGAUACAUGUCAAGUAUCCACCAGAUAUCUAAGUGUGAUUCUAUAUCACUUGUGUAGUACGUUGGUAAGUGGUACGAGAUCCAGAAGCUGCCAACACAGUUCCAGAAAGGCGAGUGCGGCACUGCCACCUACAGCCCAAAGGGUCCUGGAGUCGUCGGAGUCCUCAACAGAGAGCUGCUGUGAGUAAAAGCUUCCUGAAUCACUAAAUUAAGUACAAAUCUUUGGAAUAACAACUCCUCACUCCAUGAUUUAUGAUAGUUUUUUAAAAUAUACUUAGACCCGAUUCACAGUUUUAACCUUGAUGCUUUAAGUCUAUAUUGAAAGUCAUCUUCUGUGUUCACACCAUCACAGACUAAUGCAUGAAAAAGUAUUUAGGGACAACAUGAAAGUAAAAGACAGAUCAGUAUUUAUUAAAAGUAGAAUAGCUGAGAGGAGAUGCUCGGCUACAUGAUGAAAUUAUAAAAAAGUGUCAAUGUUUCAUGUCUCUAUUUUUAGUGAGGAUGGAACCAUUAAUUCUAUCGUGGGUCAGGCCAAGGUCAAGCACCCCUCUGAGCCUGCCAAGCUGGAGGUCUCCUUCACUGGCAGUAAGAAUUUACUUCAAAUACGAUCUGACAUUGAGGAAAACGCUCAAAUCUGCGGGCAGCGCUAACUCUUCCUCUCCUCUCCAGUUCCGUCUCCUCCCGGCCCCUACUGGGUGCUUUCCUCUGACUACGAGACCCACUCUGUGGUCUACGGCUGCACAGACUUCGGCCUGUUCCGUAUGGAGCUGGCCUGGAUCCUGAGCAGAGAGCCCACCAUGUCUGAGGAGACCCUGGAGAGGAUGCACGCCAUCCUGUCUACUGCCGACGUCAACGUGGAUAAGCUGGUCUCCACCUACCACGACGAGACUUACUGCGCCCCCAUGUUCGAGUAAGCGGAGAUACUUCCUGUUUCAGCCUACAGGACUGUGAGACAGGGACACCUAUCGCCCUGCUGAUACUGAAUGCAAAGUGCAAUAAACCUGUAGAAAGAAAUGCA